UUGCAAUGCACUUCAAGGGACUUCUGCUUCUUGUUUUUUGACCCGAAAGGCUUUCACACCCUCUAGACACUUAGUUCGUCAUGCGCUUCAUUGCUGCCUUGGAUAUGGCCCAGAAGCUUGACAGACAUUCUCUGGGAUUGUCUUGUUCACAUUCGCCCGUCUCCGGCAUAUUCGUUCUCUAUAUGUGCAUCCGCCGAUACGCAUCGAUAAUCGGAGACGUGGGGCCAUAAAGCACGCAGAGAAGACGGCGCUUCACGGGGUUUCCAUAAGCUAGAACAUUCCUGAAAGGGAUUUACCCUUCUCUUCGAUAGAUCUGUUUUCUACAGGAGUUCCUGUUUUCCCUGAGAAGAACGGGCAGAAAUGCGGAACUGUUCCGCUCCGCAGCAGUUCAGGACCACCGAAUUUCUCCUCUCACCUGUUUUUGGCGACCAGUGAGUGAACGCCUCGCUUUCCAAUUGAACUUCAGUUCUUAGCUGUCCUGUUCCUUUCGUCCUUUGCCUUUCUUUUCGCUCGCGCUCGUCCCCGUUCCUUCGUCAGCAGGGUCACCUGCCGUUUGUGGUCGACAGACAGGAGGCAGCUAACGGCAUGCGUCCUUCCUCAGUUUUCCCCCUUGUCUUCAAGACUUCUCUGUCAGACCCCCCAGCGCACCAGCAAAGUCUUCCACUUCCUCUGCGUUCUUUGGGAGAAGGAGGCGUGGAUCCAGUUACUCCAUUCGACAAAGACCGUCGUGCAUCUUAACACACAUGCUUAGUACAAAAUCGUGCCUGAAGAGGCUGUCCCGACAGUCGCGGACAGACAUAUUUUAUAUAAAUUGCGUGUCAUCUCGAAAUGACCGAGUUCCCGUUUUAAUUCUUACAUUUCCCCAGCCUUCAUCCCCAUCAGUGACGCCGACAGGGUGGAGCUGAUGCUGCGUCAUGGCCUCUCACAUGUUGUUUGACGGUCUCUCGAUAAGAGAGAGCGGCGGCCAACAGAGGAAAAGAACCUUUGAUAUCGGAAGUUAGAGCAUCGCUGUCUUGUCGAGAUUCACUUUUUUGAAAACCCUGCAGAACCCCUCUCACUAAAAAAUGCAGUUGGCAGAGAACCCCGAGGCAUCCACUCCCGAUCCAUGGCAGUGCACACCGUCCUUGUGCUGGGUAAAGAUGCAGGGGAACAUAACAGCAGAGAAGGGACAAACUCAUCGAGGGGGCAGCGAGCAGUUUAUCCCUUUCCAAUCCCGUGACCUUUGUUGCUUUUUGUUCUUCCUCUUCAUUUCCCUUCCCGUCUUCUCGGUCUCAUGCAGAAGCGAGGUUUCUCCACUCCUUUCUGUAUGUGACGGUCUGGUCCCCUGUCGCCGCCCUCACUGCGCUACGAGUGCCAGUCCCGCAGAACUGUCGACAUGGAGAUGCACUGCGCGUUUCACUCCGAGUCCCCGAGGAAGAAAAAAUGAUCGUCGGCCUUCGUUUUUGUCACGGCUGUCUUUUGCGACUUCUUUACCGGUAUUUGCUUCUGCCACAAAGCACGAGAGGACGCCGUCGCAUGCGGAGCCAGUAGGUUGGCUUCAUCAUCUUUCCAUCUCCGGUCGAGGCUGGAGUACACAUGAUGUAUUUCGCUUCCAGAGCGCGACGUCAAGUUUCCAGGCUGCCGCUGCAACUCGUGAACGCGGGUGUUUCUUCGGAUCUUGCCAAAGAAAGGAGGAACUAGACGAUGUCACAUUGAGGGGCAAGAAGCCAUCGUGCUUCUCUGCAAAAUCUCGCGUUCCCAACUCUUCUCUCGAGGUUGCGAAACGAAUGAGAAAGUCUUCCGCCCUCUCAGGCUCGUUAACUCCACCACAGUCCAAGCAGGAAGAUGCUUCCUCGAGGCAAGAGGGUCACUUGAAAGAAGAAGGUCCUGAAGAUGGAGCUUGCGGAACUGCGCAGGCUCCUGCCCCUUUUUGGGAAGAUCCAAGCAGGACGGAACCUCGCCGGCUCCUGCACGUUCGCCUGCGAGUGAGGAACCUGGAGAAAAUGCUGAGGUUUUACACGGAGGUCCUGGGUAUGCACGUUCUGGGUUACGCGUUCACACCUGCAGCGCAGAGCGAACCAGAAUGUCGAGCAAGUGGUUGCACACCGGAGCAGACGGAGUCUUCCCGCACAAUGAAGGAGCAGGAAGUUCUGCCCGAACACAGUUCCGUCUCAACACAGAACAACAAAGAGUCACAAUCUUCAGCACCUCAGAAGCCAUCUGGGCUGGAUGGUGAACAUGUUUUCAGCAGAGUCGGAAGUGCGGGACCCGACAAGAGGACGUUGCGGCUGGACAGUACGGGAUUUGCCGACUUUGGAUCUCCCGCCGGAGAGACGAGCACAGCAUCCCGACCGCCCUCUUCAGAGGAUCUUUCAAACAGGGAGACUGUGGAGGAACUGAUUGCUCGACACCGGAGGGAGACUUCUCUACAUCCCCCACACAUUUCGAUAGCGAAGCGCGAGGGCAGCAAAGGCGCAACCACAGCCGCUGCUCUAAGACGUGUGGCGGAGGAAGCCGAGAACGCCGGUCCAAGGACGGUCGUUUUGCUCGGGUAUCCAACUGCAGGAGAUGUUCCCAACCUUGACACACUAAAGAUCGAGCUGGUGUACGUCCCCCAGGUGGCGGAGCUUCUGGAGCGUUUGGAUGCUGGAGUGCAGACAGAGAACGAAACAGAGACGAAAAAAUUCCUUCAUGUCCUCAAACAGCAUAUGAUGGGUCUUUCCAGAGAUCUCCCAACCAUCAAUCGCGCCCGGGAAUUCGAGAGGAGGCGGAACCGCCACGACCGAGGUUUCCACGGCUUUCUUGGCGUUACUGUGGGGCUUCCGUCCCUCGAAGACAUAACGCAUGAAGCUGUUGAAGCCACAGGAGGUCGACUUUUCCAGCUCCCCGCCAGAAGGAAAAUCGUUCCUUCAAUGAUGCCCGAUGAGCAUGCGCGAAAGGACAUUUGGGCGAGAUGUGCGUAUCUUCUUGACCCUGAAGGGAACGGCGUCGAACUCAUCGAGGCUGGCAGCGACAGCUCGGUAGGCUUGGAUCCUGCCGCAGUGAUGCAAGAGCACCAGAACCUCCGGUCUUGGGAGGCAUACAUGCACGACCAAGAGAGAGACGUGAGGAUUCAAGAGGUCAAGCGGCAGAUUAUUGUCUUAAGGGAACGGAUCGCGAAGCAGGCAAAGGCCUCAAACGAGAAGUCGCUCGCUUCCAGGCAAGGCGGCGCGAACGCACAAACAAGCGAGGUCAAAUCAGGAGCUUCCCAGACUGCCGCUACAGCGAGCCCUGCCUUGGCAGAUGAAGCUUCUUCCGGUGGAGAAAAUAAAGACUUCAAUCGAGCUAUUGAGGAAACAGACAAGGAAGGAAACAGUAUCGCUGAAGGGGAGGCAGAUGCAUUACGAAAAGCCUUGAAUAUUAAGCCGAUCGACGCCCCAAAGACUCCGCAAGAGCAGUUGGAGAUUCUCGAAGAUGCUCUUGAGACUAUGCAGGCGCAAGAGGCAGCACGAACUCGUCAGCCUUGUGUUCAACUCCCGGCCUCACGAGGACCUUUUCUUCAGAAGGUUAGAGCUUACACGUCGCGCAUCUUGUUCGCCGAUCAGUUCUACUGCAAUCAAAUGCGGAUGAAGGCUGUGAGGUACAAAAGCCAUCUUUUCGAGCGCCUGUACCCAUGGAGUCGUUUCGCUGGGGUCAGCAAAACCUUUGGCUGCCCUGCGGCCUUCGCUGCGGCCGCCAGGCAAGCGGCGGGAAGUUCCGCAGCAGAACAGGCUGCUGAGGCAGGCGUUGAGGAACUCGCGUCCAUGGAGAAGUUUGCGCAGGGAGGGGACAACGUGUCCGUCCCAGCCGAGUGGGAAAGCGAGAGUUCUACAGAGCCGGCAGAGGCUGCGAGAAAAGUGUAUGUGACAGAAGCUGCUGAACGUCAGACUCCUCAGCUGGAGCUUAUCUACGCUUUCGACGAGGACUUGAUUCGUAUUCAUCCUUGCUUUGGCUACCUCGCCGUGGGUGUGGACGACGUUCCGAGAGCAGUGGCGACCUUUCAGGUCAAUGCACCGAAGCGUAAACCGAAGAAAUUACGGAAAAACAACGGUGAUGAUGAUGACGAUGACGAUGACGAAGUUGAUGACGAUGACGAAGUGGAUGCCACAGGGGAGACAACAACAGCGGGAUGCAGCGCUGGCUCUGGAGGCAGCUGUGAUAGGGCAACCAGUCAGAGUUCGACAGAGACCGAAUGUUCCGCAAGCCAUCAAGCAGAGGCGAUUGCCGCAGCUUUCAGGGGAAAGUUGGAAGAAACCGGGCUGUCGCUGGAUCGAGCCAUGGUCGAAGAUAGAGACGGGUAUCCCAUUUUGCUGAUGAGCAUGCGCCGUGCUCAGCAGUAUUACGCCGACCUCCACAGUAGUCUUCGUCAACACCGCGCCGCUUUGACGGAGGGCACAGGCCAGCAUGAGUAGGCGCGUUUGUGGUCGUGAAUUCGAUUCCAGCGUAACUACUAUUGUGUAAAUGCAAAUCCAGGUCGAGCUGACAGCAAAACGCACACUGCACAGCGACAAACUGUGUGGCAUUUUUAGCUCCCGUGCAGCAUGAGGUCCACUUUCAUACAUCUUAAUUAGUUUUGAGGACACUCGUGCUCUGGAACUAAGAAACGUGCAGAGCCCCACGCUCGGUCUGAAUUAUGCAUGACAGGAACGGCAGUAUCUUUGAAACUGCUUACCUAGGUGACGCGAGCGGGCCUCCAUGCAGCCUCCGGCAUAAAACUGGAAUCCCACGGUGUUCCGCCUUCAUUUUGGGGCCUUAAAGUUGUCGUUCGAAUUGGAAAUCACCCGGAGGAACAGGGAUGAGCAAAGAGGUCGCAUGAAAUUGUUUGACCUCUGUAGUUUCUACGUGCUGUGGCGUUGCCCUGGUCACUGGCAGGUAUUUUCGGUUAUCAGUGGGGAAAUCGAGCGGUGCUUCGAAUGAAUUUGCGCUCCUGGACUGCCAUCCGAAUUUUUGUGGAUGAGACACUACAGGUGAAAUUCUGUGCAUGAGGCAAUACACAUUGUAAAAUACUGAUGGCAAUCGGGAAUCCACAGCAGGCAGUGCCCCUUUUUAAGGGAUAUUUUGAGUUGAUGAUGUGGGCUUUGAAAAUGGAAGCCUGAAAACAGAGGCAAUCAGCAAGUUCGGAGCUAUCCUGCGAACCUCGAAGUGGUGGAGGCUACAGUUGUACGAUUGCGCUAUAGCGCCGUGAGGAACUGCACGAAUGCUUGUUCCUCUUGAUUUGUGCAAAAAUGCACUGAGCCUCGAAACAUGAAUCAUUGUUUUGACCGGUACAGAAGAAAACUUUCUGG